GCCGCUUCCGCUUCCGGUCGGGACCGUGGGGGGGGAAAAAAAAUGGCAGCUGCCAUAGCGAGUUCGGCAUUGCCAGGCGUCUUCGGGCGGCUGGUGUCUGUGUGUAGCCGAAGCAUUUUGACAUCCCAGGGACUCGGCCCUGCCUCCCUCUGGUCUGCUUCUCGAAGGUUCAAUUCACAGAGUGCUUCAUAUCCACAAGGAUAUGUUCCUAAGACCUCCCUGAGUUCACCACCCUGGCAAGAAGUGGUUCUGCCGGACCCUGUUGAAGAGAGUAGACACCAUGCUGAGGUUGUGAAGAAGGUGAAUGAGCUGAUUGCCACAGGCCAGUAUGGCCGGCUCUUUGCUGUCGUGCACUUUGCCAGCCACCAAUGGAAGGUGACCGCCGAGGACCUGAUUCUAAUUGAAAAUGAAUUGGACAUCAAGUGUGGAGAGAGGAUUCGGUUGGAGAAGGUCCUGCUGGUUGGGGCAGACAACUUCACACUCCUUGGCAAGCCGCUCCUCGGAAAGGAUCUCGUGCGAGUUGAAGCCACAGUCAUUGAAAAGACAGAAUCAUGGCCCAAAAUCAACAUGAAAUUUAGGAAAAGGAAAAACUUCAGGAAGAUGAAAAUCAUUGUGAACCCACAGACCGUCCUCCGGAUUAACACCAUCGAGAUUGCUCCUCGUUUGCUGUGACCCCCGAGCUGAUGUUUAAGAAGUUCUGAGAUGUCUAAUAAACUCAGGAAGCUGAGGCAGGAGGAUCACAAGUUCCAGGCCAGCUUGGGCUACACAGCAAGACCCUGUUUGACAAUGAAAACAAAUAAAGUAUUUUCUAGGAAA